AUGUCGACCCCCGAUCGGGCCACCAUCAGCUCCCCUUCUCGCAAGGAGUUCAAGACGACGUUGUGUGCGGAGCUCACUAACAAGGCCGCCACGCAGGGCUAUUACCCCCUCACGCAGUUCAUCAAGGACUGCCUGACCCAUCCUCAACACGGCUACUACGCCACGAAGCAAAAUGUCAUUGGCGGGGCCGCCGCGGACUUCAUCACGGCCGCGGAGAUCGGCCUUUUCGGGGAUAUCCUCGCGGCCUGGGUGAUGGAUGUCUGGCAGAAAAUGGGGACGCCACGGGUGAUCCACUUGGUGGAGCUCGGGCCCGGCCGCGGGAACCUCCUGCGGACGAUCCUCACGCAGAUUCAGUUUACCAACCCCCAUUUAUUGCAUUUUUUGCAAAUCCACCUCAUUGAGCUUGGGGCGGCGCGGCAAGCGGAGCAGAAAAACGCCCUCCGCGACUUCCAGACCGCGCAGGGCCGGAUUAAAUGGUGGAUGAGCCUCGAGAGCCUGCCUUUCACCCUCGAGCCUACGAUUUUUAUCGCGAAUGAGUACUUCGACGCGCUGCCUGUGGCUCAGUUUCGCUAUACGGAGCGGGGGUGGGUGGAGACCUGCGUGGAGGUGGAUGAGGACCCCGCAAACGAGGCCCAUUUCCGCCUUGUCCACGCGCCCUCGGGGUCGAUGUCGGCCUAUCUUAUUCCAGACGAGGUUCGCAAGAAAGGCGUGAUUGGCGAUGGAAUUGAGAUCAACGCGGUUGGCAUGCAGCAAAUGGAGCUGCUGAUGAAGCGAAUGAUUGACUGCCAGAGGGCCGUCUGCUUGAUUAUUGACUACGGCAAGGACGAGAAUAUGCAAAACACCCUGCGCGGCAUUCGCGCCCAUCGCUUUGUCGAUCCAUUGUUGUCCCCGGGAGAGGUGGAUUUGUCGAGUUGGGUGGCGUUUAAUCAGCUGCGGUGGGCACUCGAGCGGUUGGAGGUGGCGCGGCGGAAUUUGGUAUGGUUUCCCGUCAUCACCCAGCAUGACUUUUUGGAGUACAACGGAAUCGACGUUCGACUCGCCCAUGUUAUCAAGGAUGAGGAGACCAAAAGCGCGAUGAAGAUCCUCCAAAAUUAUCGGCGGCUUAUGGAUGAGGAUGAGAUGGGGAAGAGUUAUAAGGUCUUCGUCUUGCAAACGCGGAACUUUCCAUACGUAUCACCAUUUUUUAAUGAGAUGCCCUUGCCGGCGAAGGCAGCUCUGUCAUGA